AUGGCUAAAUUUAAGUUAGCCAUUUUGGAUGACUACCAAAACAUUGCACCUCCACACUUCGCCCAUCUUGAACACCGCAUAGACGUCACCAGUUUACCCGAUACACUGGAUCCCCGCAACGAGAAUGGACAAAAUGCUCUCAUACAAAGACUUCUUCCCUUCGAUAUCGUGAUGUGCAUGCGCGAGCGAACUCCCUUCCGAGCCGAGACUAUUGCCGCCCUCCCUAAUCUUAAGCUUCUUCUCACCACCGGUAUGCGCAACCUCUCCCUUGACCUUCAAGCCUUUGCCGACCGUGGCAUUCCAGUGCUCGGGACUGAGGGACGUCCUCCCGGGGUCAAUUCCACCGUACAGCACACAUGGGCAUUGAUACUGGGGUUGGCACGAUGCACGGCCCGGGACGACGCCGCCAUUAAGCGAGGUGAAUGGCAAGGUUCAUCGCUAGGAAUAAAUCUCUCUGGCAAGACCUUGGGCCUACUCGGUCUGGGGAAGCUGGGAUCUCAGGUGGGCAAGAUUGCUGUGCAAGCCUUUGACAUGAAAGUCCAGGCCUGGUCUACCAACCUGACCCAGGAGAAGGCAGACGAGCAGGCCCAGGCUCAGGGACUACCAGCCGGCAGCUUUAUCCUGUCACCAUCCAAAAAAGACUUCUUCGCCAAUGCGGACGUUGUAAGUGUGCACCUCGUGCUCUCCAAUCGGAGUCGUGGUAUUGUAGGCACGACUGAACUGGAGGCCAUGAAGCCAAAUGCCAUGAUCAUCAAUACUUCCAGAGGUCCCUUAAUCGAUGAGUCGGCUCUCCUGGCUGCAUUAAACGCGGGACAAAUCCGAGGUGCCGCCAUAGAUGUUUUCGAUCCCGAGCCACUACCACUAGAUAGCGCGUGGCGCACCACUCCCUGGGGAACUGAGGGUCGUAGUCAGGUCCUUGUCACUCCACACAUGGGUUAUGGAGAGGAGGAACUGCUUAACGGGUGGUACCGCGAGUCAGCGGAGAAUCUCACACUAUGGCUGGAUGGGAAGGAAUUAUCGCGUAAAAUGAAUUAA